CCGCCGUCCCCUCCUCCCCGCCCCUCCAUCAUGGCGGCGGCGGCGGCGGCAAAUUAGGGCAGAGCUCGCACCGCCUCGCGCGCGCGCGCGGGCGCCCACCACCCCCGGCGGACCGACCCGGAGCAGCGCCGCUCCUCGCCCGGCCGGCCCGCCCGCCGCCGCCCCCUCCUCCUCCUCCUCCUCCUCCUCCCCGCCCCCCGCCGCGCUCACAGUCUUCCUCAGUUACCCGGAGAAAACCCUACGUGCCCCAUAAGAACACUGCUGCGUUGCAAGCCAACCCGAUGGCGUCCUCUACUGCUGUGCCUGUAGGAUUUCACUAUGAAACAAAAUACGUAGUUCUCAGCUACCUGGGACUUUUAUCACAAGAGAAGCCACAGGAGCAUCCUCCUCCUUCAACUCAAGGGACUCAACAACAGCUUAUGACACAACAUGCUUUGGAGAAAGAGGCUUUGGAGAAGAUUAAAAUAGAAAUCGAGGAGGAGCUAAAACGUCUUGAUGAAGAAAUCUUGGAAGCAUUUACCACUACAGGAUUUGACUGCCACACUUCCCCAGUGUUCAGUCCUGCCAAUCCAGAGAGCUCAAUAGAAGACUGCCUGGCUCUUUUGGGGGAGAAAGUGUCCCAGGAAUUGAAAGACCAUCUGCACAAAGCACUGCAGAGCUUGCUUAGCAAGCCAGUGACAUAUCAAGAAUAUCGAGAGCGCACACAGGAGACAGCUGUUCAUGCCAGCGGAUGGAACAAGGUCUUGGUACCCCUGGUUCUGCUACAACAAUUUCUGAUGGAGUUAACCAGACGGGGCCAGGAACCACUGAGCGCACUUGUGAACUUCGGGGUGACAUAUCUAGAAGACUAUUCUGCAGACUAUAUCAUUCAACAAGGAGGAUGGGGGACGGUCUUUACUUUGGAAUCUGAAGAGGAAGAGUACCCUGGGCUCAUUGCAGAGGACAGUAAUGACAUCUACAUCCUGACCAGCGACAACUCGGGACAGGUGAGCCCCCCGGAGUCCCCCACGGUGACCACGUCGUGGCAGUCGGAGAGCCUGCCCGUCUCCCUGUCAGCGAGUCAGAGCUGGCACACGGAGAGCCUGCCAGUCUCCCUGGGACCCGAGUCCUGGCAGCAAGUGGCCAUGGAUCCUGAAGAAGUCAAAAGCCUGGACAGCAACGGAGGGGGUGAAGAAAGGAGUGAGAACAACUCUUCCAACUCAGAUAUUGUUCACGUGGAGAAGGAAGAGAUACCGGAGGGGAUUGAGGAAGCAGUGGUGUCAGCUGUCACUGCAGAGACCAUGCAGGCAGCAUUUCCAGAAACCCCUGCUUCUUUACAGGAAGUAAAACCUCAAGCUGAAAUUGCUGCUGUUGAAAAAGCACAUCCCUCUGCACUUCUGCGGGCAAAACAGGAGGAAAAGGGAAAAGUGGCUGAAGAGCUUGUUGAACCUGAAAUCCCCAUAUUAAGUAAACCUGUCCCAAAGCUAGCCCCAUCAGAAGAAAAGGCUGCACCAGAACCUGAGAAAAUACUCCUUCCAGGGGAAAAAAAAGUGGGGAAAGAGGGCCAUUUGGAAGAAAUAGAAGAGAAAUCCUCCGCUGCAGAGGAGAAGCCUAUCUUAUUGCCGGAAGGGAAAUCUAUAUUGCUGUAUGGUGGGGCUGCUGCGGUAGCUAUAUUAGCUGUAGCAGUCGGAGUAGCGCUGGCGCUUAGAAAAAAGUAACGGAGCUCUCUUGAGGAGGAGGAGGAGGGGGGAGAGAGAAGAGAGCACGAUCCGAUUUUUGUAGUUGUGUUACCUAAAGGUUGAGCUGCCUGCUGUUUAAUUGGACAUUUGAGUAACUUAAUGGUGAUGGGGUGAGGUCAUUCAAUAAGCCUCCAGCUAUGGACAAUCAUGUUUUUAGUAGAAUUGGGGCGGGGACUGGUUUUUCGUGAUUAAAGUACAGGGGUAUUUUUAAAAAAAAAAAAAAAAAUUCUGCAAAUUUAAGAACUUAAGUGCAGGUGCUGAAGAAAGGGGUGCUUGUACUCUAGGAACUGGAACAGAGAAUCCCCAGGGGAAGGGGAGAGCCAGCUGCUGCCAACCCCUGGAGUUUUUGGCUUCCCAGACUGAGCGCUAUUGCAGCUGUGCUGUCUUGUCACUCCCCAUUGUGCCCCCGAGCCCUCCCUAACAAACAUUAGUCAACCUGAGUCCUGUAGCGAGAGGCUGGUCUCCCUUUUGUCUCAGCUUCCUCUCAGGUACAGCACUGCUCCUCGUAACCUCACAGGUUCCUCCUAAGCCCCAGUGGGAGAGUGCUUAUUCUUACCUCUUUGCUUACACCAGUUUUGGCCCCUAACAUUUACUGGAGCCCCAUCCUGUAAAGAUGCUGCCUCUCUCUAGCUGUAUUAUUUCUGAGCAUCCUGGUGUUCCUGGGGGAGAGGUGCAGGACGGGGCUUCGCUUCAGCUGCCCAGGAGGGUGGGAGGGACACUGCUAUUUGCUGGUUUGAGAAUCCAUUUGCUCCGCUCCUGCCUGGCCCACUUUACUGCCACCCUUGAGGUACCAGUGGUGCAAAAUCCAUGCUGGACACGGUGCUGUUCCGAUCAGUACUCUGAUACCAGGGUAUAUUCAGCAAAGAUACAGCAAAACUACAUGGAAGUGAGGCCAACGCCUCCUGUGCAAUUCAAAGGAUAAAUGCUAUGCUGUCCUGUAUCAUGCUGCAGUCUGUAUCGUCUUUCCCAGGUUAAGCACAGAGUAUAUUCAGUCCUAACUUGGUCUUGGCUUUGACAAAAUCCCAGAUACAUAAAGCAGUGGAUUCUAGUAACUGAGCAAAACAGCAUUAAACAUCUCCUCUAUCUGCCUGUUCCUGACCUGACCGGGAGUGUUGUUCAGUGCGAUUUCUUUUGUGACUCUGAACCUGUAAUUAGCUAAAUUUACAGGUUCAGAAAUGACGAGAAGGUUACUUUGGCAAAAAGUAAAUCCCUCUCCCUGCUGUAACAACACUUCAAAUGUGUGUGGAGAGAAACCUUUUAAGUAUUGCCAUAUGCGUUAGUUAAUGUCAGAUCCAACUGCAAGUGGAUCUUUCAGUGUGCAUUUCAGUGUCUGUCGUUGUCCGUACUGCAGCUCUGUGGGCAAGACCUUAGGCUUUCCAGGCAAAACUACUGACGCAUCUCUGAGGGUUCGUGCUGGCACUGUGGCUUAGACCAGAUGGAGAUAGGUGAAAGGAAACUCUGGAUAAUGUAAAAAUAAAAAUGUGAGCGUACAGGAAGCUUACCCUUCAUAAAGCACAAAGACAAGGUACUUUUAUUUCUAAAUAACCUUAUCUAUCUAGAGUAUGUCUCCUAAUGAGCCUGUUUCUUAAGUGAUCUGAGAAUGAAGUGACUUUAGCACAUUCUGGUUUAGGACAUUCUCGCUACAUUUUCCUAUCCCACCCGUAUCGCGGGAUGCUGGGAAGUCAGUAAGAACCUGGCAGAUUCUGAGGGAUUUUUUGUUUUAAGUUUUAUGAGUGGAUUUUCUAGAAAACUUCUUGGAUUUUGAACUCUGUGUGUGAAGUUGAAUAUUAAGAGGAAGGAUUGUCGCAUAUGUACUGCUGUUGUGGACUGAACUCAGGUGCUCUGGAGUUCUGAACUUUACUGUUGAUCAUUGAUUGCCCUUUUUCCAUGUACAAAAGGUAGCAGGUUGGCCUUAACAGAAAAAGAAGCCCUUUACCAUGUUGCAAAAUGAAAUUGACUUUUUUUUUGCCAUUUCCUGGUGCCCUGCUGUUACUCUCAUUGCUGUGCUGUGCGCCCAGAACAGGUCACUGGGACCUCCUCACGCCAUGGACUCGCCGGUGUCUGCCUUCCCACCACCACAGUUCCCUCUCCUGGCCCCUCGUGGGAGCUUCCGUGCGUGGAGAGGUGUCUUUAUGCUCUUUUUGUCAUGGAUGUGCACGAAUGUUUACAGUUUUGCUUCAUUUCACGUGUCGCAACAGUGUUUAUCAACAAGUGACACGGUCUGAGGGUACCUGGUUGUUCCUAUGUGGCAAGGGCUGCUUUACUGCCCGGUAAGUCGGGGUGGGCCUGCCCCUCUCCUGCUCCUUUGCUGAUGGCUUCUGUUUCCUCUCUGGGCAUGUUCUCUGUGGGAGAAGGGCCGUUCGUAACCUGUUGUAUGUCCUCCUCUUACUGAAGAUGAUCCACCUACAUUUGGCACGUCUCCCAUCUGUAGCCACGCAGCAGGUUACACAGAAGUACCCACAUGCACUCUGAAGCAGAGAUGGAUUUUGUGGACACUCUGGAUAACUUGUGUACAAACUCGGGGGUGGGGCUGGUGUUAUUUUAGCUCUUCUCUGUAUAUGGUUGUUCUAGUAGUAGUGUGGGAGACGGGUACAGGACAGACGAGAAAAUAAAUCCACACCAGCCCGGGAACAAGUCCCUAGUUUGUUGGCACAAGGAGCCCAGUGGGGCAUUAAAUAAAAACUCUCGUCUUCUACCCACAGCAGUGAGAAGGUGGCAGCAGUAGUAAGGAAAAGAAAUGAUUUUGUUUUGUUAAGCAUUUUCACGGUGGGGCAAAAGCCUUGAUUAUGUGGUAUGUUGCUACAUUUAAUGGAGCAUCAGCUGCACCCUGUGUUUUGGUUGCUUGAUCUUUUCUUUAUAUUCUUCUCGUUUUAGGGUCUUAUAGAUUUGACAAGUCAGCCAGAAUUUGUACCCUCUUCUCCCCCAUCCCACUGACCACACAUUUAGAAAAUUUAUUGUAUGUGUCUCUUUCCUCUGGGAACACUCCAUUAGCUAAAAAAGGUCAGUUAUGGACUUGAAUUCUACUGAAUUUGGAGUCCUGUGGUCAGAGCUGGGACAGGCCCUGUGGAAGACACCGAAGGGUGGGUAACCUCAGAUGACAGCAUUCUUACAGACUUGAGUGCCAGGCUGCUUGCUCUAUUUUAGGUGUGAAUUAGAAAAUGAAAGGGUUCUCCCCCCCCCCCAUCUUCAAGUAUAUUAAAAUAAUCCUGAACUGCAGGGUCUAAUUACCCUGAACUGUGUGAUGCAGCCUCUCUUCAGUGGAUCUGUUGCAGCUGGCAGAGGAAAGGCAGUAGCUAUAUACUUACAAAAGGGCAUAUAGAAUUACUCUCACUUGUGUUGCUUAUCCCCUUCCCAAAAGUGCCUCAGUAUCUGUCCUCGAGUGGCCUGUACCUUAACAAAAUAUCUACCUUAGACCCAGUCUUUCGUCACUUUUUAUCCUUGUCUGCAGCACAUCCUAAAGCUGAGAUGCUAAAACAGCAGAGGACUGGAUCUACAAAAAAGUGUUUAAUACUUAAGGAACUGCAGUGGGUACCAUGCUAAAUAAGGAGCUGUCAAGUAAAAGGCUUUCAAGAUAAGGUGCAACUUAAAUUUCAGUUGUGCUUAACUUUAAGCUAUGCUUGGUUGUUGUGGCUGGGAGCUGGGCAGGGGCUGUCUUCAGCAAGCAUUCCUGGAACAAUAGGCUGGGAGCAAAGACUGAAACCCAGAAGCCCUCUGCUGCAUAAAAGCCCAAACCAGACAGAGCCGUGUUCCUGCCUGUUGCAGCCGUGUGAGAGCCUGGUGGACUCCUGCCUCCUGCAUCCCUUAAAUUUCAGAAGAUCCAGGCUGCAGGGCUGUAGUUGGCACAGCAGUGCUGAACUGCUCAGCUAGGGCAAAAUAGGAAUAUUACUGGGCACAGCCAGAGAGGCAGCUUGAAAACUUAAGGUUUUGGUUCUCAUCGGGUUGGGUGGAUGCCGAGUAGGCGUUCUCAGGGUGAUAAUUUGGCUGCUGAAAAAUACUGAAAAUAACUUAGAUUUAAAAUCUGGCCCAAUGAAACAAGCUAGAGCCAAGAAAGCAACACUUCUGCAGCCUUCUGUCCAUUCAGAUGUGAAUCAAGCAGCUGCCUGCUCCAGGUACUUGCCAGUCUGAACAGAAGCUCGCUCCUAGCACAGAGCCAGAUGAUGCAGUGGAAGCAUGUUCUCUGUUCAGUACUGCACUUGGUUUUAGACGCCAGUUUAACGUCUGGCUGGAGGUGAAGUGCCUGUUGUUGUGGUGUUUGCAGUUGGUUCUUUAUUUCCUAACCUGCCUUCUGGAGAGCAAAUUACUACUGCAAGAAUCCAUCCUUGCUCUUUGUGAGGGCUUGAUUUUUCAUCCUGGCUGGGGGGCUGUGCUCAGGCAUCUGCAGCUCAAGGGCCAGGUGAAACCUAUAGUGCUGAGUGCUCUUGCAUAGGGCAAGUUCUCCUGAUUCCUUCCUUUUCACAUAGCUCUGAUCACAGCUAGGCUAACACUUUGGACUGUAUUUUUAAACUAAUCAAUGCUUUCUAAUGGUCACAAAUGAAAAAUUUCAUGAGUACUAAACAAGCAAGGUUCUGAAGUUUGGUCUUUUUUCAUUUUAAUGAUUGUAGUAGACAAUAAUCUGAGGUCAUAAACCUUCCCUACAUUUAAUUUCAGCUACAGUGGUAUGGCAGUACUAGCAAAGCCCUACUAGGUAGAUCUUACUAUUCUGGCAAAAAAAUAGAAGUGCUUCUGGCAGCAUAGUCUCUCAUUCACCAAACCAGAGCAAGCUUAUGCUACAGAAUUUGAGAGUGUAAUUACUAGAUUCUUUUGCUGUGAAAUUGGGGGGGUGGGGGGUGGGGGGGUGAACACAGCCCCAGCUGCCAUGCCUAGGUAGAGCCCAGGUCUUCAGCAGAAUGUCUCAUUCCAGGCAUGAAACGUACUGAAGGUCGACUCAUCCAAAUGUGUCUACUCCAACAAACAGGAGCAGGCACAUACAGUAGGAGUAGUGUCUACGCCCAUAGGUUACACAACAGGAGAAAUUGUUUCCCAGUGAACCAUGGAGAGGUGAGGCACAUUAUCUCCUGUACCUAGUGAAGGCAGAAGCUGUGCAUUACUUCAGUUUGGCUUGGUCUGCGUAAUUUCAGCACCAGAAAGGUUACAAGAACAGUAUUGCUUUUACUCCAUGUAUGGAUCUGUGCUUCAAAGUGCAAGCUCUGUAUUGCCAUAAAAAAAGGGGGGAGGUUUAUAAGAUUUAAGCCACCACUUCUGGUAGAGCUAGCUCUCAGGCCCAUACAGAGCAGGGACUGCAGGGCUAGCUCUAGGCAAUGGUACUCGGAUUGUGUCUGCUGAAGUGAACUCUCCUGACUAGUGUACUUGGCCAGGGAAUGAGAACUGCACCAGCUUGGAAGGGGUCAGCUGUAGUGUUACCAAUACAUCCAGGGGAACUACAACACAUCACUCAUAUCCACCUCCUUAAGUUAAAUAACUUUAUCACUUUUUUUUCCUACUUAGAGGUGACCCUCUCUCGGUCUCUUAGGUAGGCUGACUUGCUUCCUCCAAGCUAGAGGUCUAUGGUUAUGCUGUAGAAGUGGGGGAGCUACAGUUAGCUUCCAGUGGAAGCUGCUUUUGAUCUCCCUGCAGUAUCUGCAGGGGCAGGAAGGAACAUCAGUGAUUGGGACAGAACAAGCUGCAGAGGAUGCAUCUUACUGCUAUACCUUUAGGGGGGUCUGUCCCCAUUUUUAACUCACAUUAUAAGCUUUUAUUCAAGUGCAAAGCUAAAACCCACUCAGACCAAAAGAAUGCCACUUGAUUUAAGUAGCAAAGACUAAUGGGACUGACUCUGAAGCAUGCAUGUUAGGGGAUAUCUUCUGCUAGGCUUCUGCUGGGUAUAAGCAGAUGGUGAUGACUUGCAGGGAUUUCAGAUUCUGUUCUCAAGAGGCCUGCCUGGGGGAAGAGACCCUGACUGGUCCUCAAGUCACCCAUUAUCCAAGGAACUGGUCAUAUUGUUCCUUUUAAUAUGCAAGUACAGCCCUCUUGAGGAAAACUGUCUAAAGCUUCUUGUGCCAUUUGGUUAAUAAAAGUGUUUCCACCUUUAAAAGAAAGUUCUUUCCAGCUUCAUUGUUCUAUAUUCAGUUGAAGUGAAGGGGUAUGUACAUUUUUUCCCUCUGCUAAUGGGACACUGCUGUAAGACGAUGCCCCCAGGUUGCACUUUAAUAAAUGGUACAGUUUUCAAAAACAA